AUGAGUGAUGAUGAAAUAUUUUGGACUUAUGGAGACAAAUGCAAAAAGGGUAAAAGAGAAAAAGGAUAAACUAAUAAAUAAAAUGCAGAAAAUUUAGAGUUAAGUGAUAAAAAGUCAAUGACUAUGAAAUCUGAUUCUGACUAAAGGUUAUAUCAAGAACUAGAAAAUUAAAUACCUCAAUAGGAUAAUUUUGGAAAGGUUAACAGAUCAAACCAUAUAGGUGGAGUGGAGUUCUAGCAAGCUUAAAAGAUGGAUAGUAAAUUUUAAAACCCAAGUGGAAUUCGUUUUAGCUAAUAAAUUAAUUUAGAAGGCUUGUAAAAAAAGAAUAUGCUUGGGGCUAGUAAUUAAAAUAACUAAGGAAUGAUGAAAUAACACGAUGAAAAUCAUUACCCCAGAUAGGAUAUUUAAAAUUUUAAUUUUUCUUUUUCACCUUAAAAAGGAUUAAAAAGUGAUGGUAUGGGUUUAUCUUAAACUGUUACUAGCAAUUAUGUGUUUGAUCCUUCUUCUCCUACAGCAAAUACUACCUUAAACAAUAGAAAACGUUUUAACACAUCAUCUAAAAAAGUUUCUGAGUUUUCUCCUAGUAUAUACGAUAAGAUAAAUUCUUCAGAAUAUAAAUAUCAAAGAAAGGGAUAGUCUAUAUGGGAGGACCUUUAUAAUUGUGGUUAAUUCUAGAUGAGAAAAAUAGAAUUACUACAUUAAGAAAAGCUAAACGAAAUGGAUAAAGAAUGUAUUUUUAAACCUAAGCUAAAUCCAAAUAAAUACUUGCUGUAUGAAAAUAGUAACUUCUUAUAAAGAAACGAACAAUGGAAGGAGUUGGGAACUGCACAAGAUUACCAAAAAGCUUUGUAAUACAAUUUCUCAGAUAGGAAGGAUAUUCGUAGUUUGAAAGCAAGAGGGUUUGACUAUUUAGGUGAAAAUCAAGGAAAUAAUUCUUAUAGAGCUAAUAGAGAGGCAUUUUUAAAUUAUAACAAUCAAUUUAAUUAGAGUGAUAAAGAGUAAGAUGCACUUAGACCAUCUUAGCAAUCUAAGAGAGCACAUACAUCCUACCGUGAUAAAUCCUACAAUUAGAAUCAGGAAAAAAAUUUGUAAAAUAUAAAAUAAACAGGGGGCAUUGUUAAAUCUUAUUACAUUAGAGAAAGAGAAAGAUUUGAAAAAUGCAAAUAAAUGCUAAGUAAAGCUUUAAAAAAAGAUACCGAAUGA